AUGUUUAUUUCUCUGUUACUGAUCGCUUUAUGUGGCUUUCAUUCCGGGCACGCCCUAUCCAUGGAUCUCACUGAUCAAGAUGGACUUCCAGGUGAUAUAAAUAUAAGUCCGGAUGUCAGGUCGGAACAGCAAUUGAUUGCUGAGAUCGAUAAAUAUAUAAUUCUGAAGGUGGGUCCUAGAUGCACUAGAAGGAGAUGUUGUCCUUAUUAUAUGUACUGUUGUCAGAAUAACUUGUUUUGCUGUAAACCCCAUUUUCCACCAAUACGAACUUCGCAGAGUUAUUGCUGA